ACAGACGUGAGGCAGCCAAGCAUGGGGUGGAUCUCCGUCCCAUGCCCCUGUGCACUGGAUAAGCUCUGGGCUCCCACACAUCCAUCCCUCGCUCCUUUGAAUGAACACUGAUCAAUAAUAAUCACUCGUUUAAGCAGCACCCUGCUUCCCAGCAUCAAUCAGUGCAUCAUCAUUCAUCGCCCCUUGCCUCCCCCUCCUCCCUUGCUCACAUCAUCAUUCAUCGCCCCUUGCCUUUGGAUCCCUCCCUGCUCCGGUGGCCGGCCGGUUUCUUGCAUUCUUGCGGAGCUCAGCCGCUGCGUGUCAGAGAGGGUGGGAUCCAUGGCGGCCGAGGAGGAGGGGCGCUGUGCGGGGUACCAGCACGGGCCGCCAUGGGUGUUCAGGGGCAGCGCAUUGUACCAGCUGCAUUUGGUGAAGGCGUCGACGGCGCGCGCGUUCGUGCCCCGGGAGCUGCGGCUCGUGGAGGCGUUCGGCUACACGCUCGGCGGCAUGUUCCUUGCGCGCUACCACGACAGCCCCGCCGGUGAGUUCGACGAGCUCGUGGUGAUCGCCGGCAUUGUGUGGAACCCGCCGACCUCCCGCGCGUGGGCUGCUAGAGUGCUGGUGAACAGGGCCGAAGCCUGCCGGCAUGGCCGCAAGGAAGUAGGGCUCCCAAGCCAUGUCGCUACAUUCUCAAAGACUGAAGCUGCUGCGCUCGGAAAUAAACCAUUGGUGAAACCAAACAGCUUCCUGAGCAUACUUGGAAUAGGCUCGACCAUCACCAAGCAAGGGAAUGGCCGUGAGAUUGAGAUUUCAGAGACCAAGGGUCCAUCCACUAAACAUUUGUGCAACAUCAGCCUACCGCUUACCGUGGCAACAGGGUCACAUAAGCACCACAACUGGAUGGGCCCAGCAAUCAGAAUGUCACUUCCAAGCUUCAGUGGACAGACAGAGGACCAUCCUGAUCUUCUCGAGUACUCUUGCCAAGUAGAAUGCAGGGUGCGUCCGGUAAAGCCUGCUAGGAUUUGGAGUCCAAAAACCACAGAGCCACAGGAAACUGAUGGCAAGAUCAGCACCUCAGGCUCCAACGUGUUAGCCGACUCGGAUGCACAAAACCAGAGCAUUUCAGUCUUGUUAUCAAGGCCCAUCUUCGCUCUGGAGUUCAGCUCCCUUAGGAUGCACGUUGAUGCUCCAAAGAUCGUUGUUCCGCACUGCAAGAAGAAAAUCAGAUACUCCAGCACUUGAACCUGAUGGAACCGUGCUGUCACCAUGGUUCACAAGCCUGGAGUUUUGACCACGUUUGACCUGGUGGCUUGAUGAGUUCAUGCUGUUUCUGGUUGUUCUUACCACCAACAAUUCUUUUCUUGUUUGUUAAGGGUGAAAGAAAAAGGCUAUGCUGGAUAUGCAAACUACUUGCUGAAAUGAAAGUUGAAAAUAGUUCUGUUUCUAA